GUCGCAAGGAAUGGGUCCACAGACUCGACAAACAAUGGCGCACGGUCUUGAUUCCCGGCCGACCGUGGAGGAUUUCCGCGAGGAAAGCUCGUGGGUGCAGGUGGCCAAAACCCAUUGGCUGGACUCGUCCAAGGUCCGAAAAGUGAAGCAGGAUGUGAUCAAGAAGGAGCUCUGGGACGCUUUGGAGGCCGAGAACUUCAGCUUGCGCUCGCUUCUCACGCUGGAGAAUCUCAAUAUUUUGGAGAAGUUCCUCUGGCCAACCUACACAGAAGAUGCCUCCAACUACCAUGUGUUGCUAAUAGCAUUGAUCGUCAAUGUCAAGCAGCGCGAGCAUAUGCCAAUCUGGGAAACCUUUUCAGAUCGACCGGAUGACUUCUCGAACCUCUUCCAUCGCAUUUUAUCAAUGAGCAUCGAUAACUCGAUUCCCACCCCGUCGCGUCUGUCCGUGUUAUCGUUCAUCAUCAGCGCCUUCCAGUCCCUCGAAAACGUUUUGAUUCGAAAGGAAUGCGCACCUCUGGUUUCCAUAUCGAUUUGGCACAAUCUCUCCAGCGACGAAGCACGGGAUCGUAUAUUGACGCAAGGACCGACCUUGAAGAAAGCUUGGAGGGCGGCCGCGAAACGAUACGAUGCCGGAGACGAGGCGGCCAAGGCGAAGAUUCGAUUUGAGCGGUCUUGGCUCUACGCGAUGCUCCUCGACUUUUUACAACGACUGAACGCCCCCGAAAAAGAUCAGGCGGGUAAUCUACUAUACUGUGAACGGUUUUUGGAGUUUAUUGUCGAUCUGGAAAGCCAGCUUCCCACGAGACGCUACGUGAACACGUUAUUAAAAGAUCUCAAUUUGCUCUCUAUCAUCCAUCUGUCCCAUAUGUACCGUUCGGCAGACAAUGGGCUUUUCCGAGACUUCUACAGUCUUCUGAAGCAUUUCGUGAACUUUGCAAUUGAUGAUUACACAGGCGAAGCUAUGGGCCCCCAGGCUGUGUACGACGCGCACUGCCGGGAACUGGCUCAUCUCCAGCGGACGUCGAUGAAACAUUUCAAGGACAAGCUUAUGAUUCUUGCACUUUCGAAUUAUGGCUCCAUCGAACAGCGUGCGGAGCUGGAGGGGCAAUUGUCGUCGCUGGACGAUUCGGAGCUGCAAAGUCUUUGCUCUCAUCUUGGCUUCCGGACGAACUAUCCUAAGCAAUCUCACAUUGUGUCUGACCGUCAGUUGUGUAUGGAAACUUUGCUGUCCUUCUAUGAGCGAAGAAUACCCUUCCAAGAAACGGCUUCCCGUCUCCGCGUCGUUCCCACGGAAGAAGAUCUCUACGACCCAGCGUUGCUACGGAACGAAACCUACGACGGAUCCAGACCGCUUGCGAUCCCGAAGUUGAACCUCCAAUACCUGAGUCUCGGUGACUUCCUUUGGCGAUCCUUCCUCCUGUAUCGCUCAGAAGCCUUUUUCCAAAUCCGCAAGGACAUGGAAUCUGUUGUCAAACGGAUGCAGCCUCGGUCCAGCCGUGAUGGCAAAACGUUAACAUUCGACGGUUUCUCCCGCAUGGCCAUUCCGAUCUCGAAACCAGCAAUCAUUGAAGCUGCUCCUCCAAAGGUUGGGUCGGCAGAACCAGCCUUUGUGAGAGCGGAAAUCGCCAUCGAAGUUGGCCGAUUGGCAGAUAACAUUAGAAGGGAGUGGGAGGCCCUCCGCCCGGAUGAUGUGAUCUAUCUCUUGGCUGUGCAACCUCCCAGUGCUGGCAGGCUCGGAAUCCGCGACCCCGAUGCCGCGGAGAGUCCCAGUCUUACCUAUCUCAGAACGGCCGAAAUUGUACAGAUACUCGAUGAAAAUGGCCGGCCACUACGCGAACCAGUUUCCGGGCAGACAAAUGGAUAUCGGUCCAGGCCGCGGGUUCGGAGACUCCUGGUCAACCUAGACGCUGCCGCGUUCAAGGCAGAUCAGGACCGCAAGCUGCAAGGCAAGCCAGAUAUCUACCCCUUGAUCAACGUGGUGGCCAGAAGGCGAGGAAGGGAGAACAAUUUCAAAUCCAUCCUUGAAACCAUGCAGAAACUCAUUGUUUCGGACAUCACCCUCCCUUCCUGGAUCCAGGACAUCCUCUUGGGCUACGGGGACCCCGCCGGAGCUCGGUACACAGAACUGCCGAACCGAUUGAAAUCGGUCGAUUUCCGGGACACCUUCUUGGACUGGCAGCAUCUCGUUGAGAGCUUCCCUGGUUCGACCAUAGAGCCCUCGGGUGAUGCGGACUCGAGCUUUGGGCCUCCGUAUGUACUUGAGUACGUUGAGGAAGCCCCGAAGGCCCCUGCCUCCAACAGCUCGAAAAAGCGACGGAGAGAGCAAGCAGGAGCGGAAGCAACUGGCCCCAGCUUGCUCCGUGCAUCGACAUACAAGCAGCCAAACCCCGGCCCUUACCCGGUUGAUGCUCCCAAGCUCAACUCGGUCCGUUUCACUCCAGCCCAGGUGGAUGCUAUCUCAUCCGGCACGCAACCCGGACUCACUGUUAUAGUCGGGCCCCCGGGGACUGGCAAGACGGACGUUGCAACGCAAAUAAUCAAUAAUAUCUAUCAUGACUUCCCCAACGAACGCACCCUCCUCGUUGCGCACAGCAACCAGGCCCUGAACCAGCUGUUCCAGAAGAUCGUCGCUCUCGACAUCGAUGAACGCCAUCUCCUCCGACUCGGUCACGGCGAAGAGGAAUUGGACACUGAAACAAGCUACAGCAAGUACGGCCGCGUCGAAUCCUUCCUUGACAACCGUAACAGCUUCCUCGCAGAAGUUGCACGGUUAGCAGCGUCUAUCGGCGCACAGGGUGCUCAUGGCAACUCGUGUGAGACCGCAGGCUACUUCAACACGGUCUACAUUCAGCCAGCGUGGGCUAAAUUCUGGGACCAGGCGCGCGCUGAGAAGGCCUCGGUUGAGGAAAUCGUCGAGGCUUUCCCGUUCCACACUUACUUUUCGAACGCCCCCCAGCCCGUAUUCGAUCCCUCCGUUUCCAAGGACGCCGUUUUGGAUGUGGCAGAGGGCUGUCAAAGGCACAUCAACAAGAUAUUCUCCGAGCUGGAGGAUAUCCGGCCAUUUGAAAUCCUGCGGCAGCAGAAGGACAAGGCUAACUACCUCCUUAUAAAGGAGGCGCGGAUCAUCGCUAUGACAUCAACACAUGCCGCGAUGCGUCGCCAGGAGAUCGCAAAUCUCGGUUUCCACUAUGACAAUGUUGUCAUGGAGGAGGCCGCCCAGGUCACGGAGAUCGAAAGCUUCAUCCCGGCUGCGUUGCAGAACAUGAACAACGGCCAACUGCCCCUCAAGCGCAUGGUGCUUUGCGGCGACCACCUUCAAAAUUCCCCUAUCAUCCAGAACCUUGCCUUCCGGCAGUACGCCCACUUCGAGCAGAGUCUUUUCCUCCGCCUGGUGAGGCUGGGCGUUCCUGUGAUCACCCUCGACCAGCAGGGUCGUUCGCGAGGCAGCAUCGCCGAACUGUUCCGGUGGCGUUACAAGCAACUCGGCAAUCUGCCUAUUGUUGACACUGCUGCGGAAUUUAAGCAAGCAAACGCCGGCUUCCAGUUCGAAUACCAGUUCAUCAAUGUCCCCGACUACCAAGGCACCGGAGAGAGGGAACCCACUCCUCACUUCAUCCAGAAUCUCGGCGAAGCCGAAUACGCCGUGGCGCUGUACCAGUACAUGCGACUGCUCGGGUACCCGGCAUCGAAAAUCACCAUCCUCGCCACGUACGCUGGCCAAACGGCUCUAAUCAAGGACGUCCUCAGCCACCGAUGUGCCAAGAACGCGCUAUUUGGCAUGCCCAAGAUCGUGACCACCGUCGACAAGUACCAAGGCGAGCAGAACGACUACGUCAUCCUGUCGCUCACGCGAACCCGCACAGUCGGCUAUUUGCGCGACGUGCGGCGCCUCACGGUGGCGCUCUCGCGCGCGCGUCUAGGCCUCUACAUCCUCGGCCGGCGCGAGGUGUUCUCGUCCUGCUACGAGCUGAAACCCGCGUUUGACCUCCUCCUGCAACGCCCAGACAAGCUCAUGCUUGCGCCUGGGGAGAUGUUCCCGGCCUCGCGCUCGCUGGACGACGACGACGUUCAGGGGACCCCGAUGGAAGGAGUGGAGCAUCUCGGGCAGUACGUGUUUGAGAUGACGCAGGCGAAGCUCAAGGCGAUGGGAGAUCAGGAUGUUGCCAUCGAGGACGCUAUGGUUGAUGGUGAUGGUAAUGGCGAUAGCGACGGCGGGGAGAGACUGGGUGAUGAAGAUGAGGUUAUGGUGGGCGCUGGUGAGGAUAUGGAUGAAGACCCAUUGCAUGAGAAUCCGCUGCCGUGAGAUAACUCGCUUGUUUUAUUCUGGCUGUGCUCUAUAUCUACGAUGAUUUGUUUAUUCCCUACGUUCAUCUUUGAAUGACAAUAAAAUUCAGGGCGGUGUUAUUAGUCGGAAAACUCUCCACGCAUACUUUUUCAAGCUAGUCUUUUG